AAUAUAAAUCAUAAUAUAGAUCAUUCAGUUAAAAUUGAAAAUCAGGAUAACCUGCAGCAGCAGUAAACCCUGUUGACUAAUGGAAUGCUGAGUGUCCAGGGUUCGUCACAAUGCCCUGCAAGUGCUCUGGGGUUCGAUAUGACAAAUGCAAGUGCAGGUUUCUGGGUACGGGUUUCCAGAUGCCCAAUGGUGCCAACAGCAGGGUGAUGAUACUCGCACAGAAGGAGAGCUCAUGCUGCAUCCACUCUUCGAGGCCGAAACGCAACAUUUUCAUUAGAGUCUUUGAGUGCGUGUAUGAGAGGUGCGCUGGUUAUAACUUGAGAUACUGCCCAAUCCGUGGGUUCCGCAUGAAGAACUGCAUGAACGAGGCUCUGAGGGAUCUCCUGGUGCUGAUGUGCUUCAUGCUGGCCAACUUCGUGGUGUUCCUGACGAUCUUCGCGCGGAUGACCAUGCACAUGUCAGCGGUGCUCGUGCAAUCGGCCAGGUGGGUCAGGAGAUUCCUACUCGUGAAAAUGGUGGAGAACAAGAACGAUAUAUUACUAUCCAGCGUGGGUACUCAGCAAGUUCACAGUUUCACACCACCCAACAAAGUGUUCUAAAUUAUCUGCCUUUUGUCAUUUUUAUUCUUUAUACGAAUAAGGG